CACACUCUUCACAGAAACCUGCCGUUUCUGCUCAUAUUUUUUGUGCAUCCUGUUUUCUGGUCGAGAGUCCUCAUUGCUCCUCCUAAUCAGCCUUGGUUUGUUUGCCAGGAGCUUUUUUUUGUUGUUUUGAGUGGAAGGAAAGGACUAAAAAGAGGCGACUCACUUGUUUCGGGUGGCGAGUUUGCGCCCAGCAGCACCAGAAGAAGACGGAGAGCCAGUGUUCAGCACCAUGGAGAGCGGCGUGGUGCACAUUUUCAAAGAGGACCGCUGUCCCUCGGGCCAGCCGGGGCAGUGCGUCCCGAACUUCACCUGGCAGCCCGGCUUGUCAGACAUCUUCAACUACACCCCGAACGGCACCUGGGACGCGGAACCGGAGCCGAUGUCACCCAUCAUCCCCAUCAUCGUCGCCGUUUACUCGGUGGUGUUUGUGGUGGGCUUGGUGGGCAACUGUUUGGUGAUGUAUGUCAUCAUUAGAUACACCAAGAUGAAAACAGCCACCAACAUCUACAUCUUCAACCUGGCGGUGGCCGACGCCCUGGUUACCACCACCAUGCCCUUCCAGAGCACUGACUACCUGCUCAGUUCCUGGCCGUUUGGCGAGGUGGCCUGCAAAGUCUUCAUCUCCAUCGACUACUACAACAUGUUCACCAGUAUCUUCACCCUGACGAUGAUGAGCGUGGAUCGCUACAUUGCUGUGUGUCACCCGGUCAAGGCUCUGGAUUUCCGUACGCCAGUGAAGGCGAAGAUCAUCAAUGUGAUCAUCUGGGUUCUGUCCUCUGCAGCUGGGAUUCCUGCCAUGGUCCUCGGCAACACCAACACCAACAACGGAACCACAGAAUGUGCUUUACAGUUCCCUGAUCCCUACUCCUAUUGGGACACCCUAAUGAAGAUAUGUGUUUUCAUCUUCGCCUUUGUGGCACCCCUCAUCAUCAUCACUGUCUGCUACACCCUGAUGGUGCUGCGGCUGAAGAGCGUCCGCCUCCUGUCUGGCUCGCGCGAGAAAGACCGCAACCUUCGACGGAUCACCCGUCUGGUUCUGGUGGUGGUCGCGGUGUUUGUGGUAUGCUGGACCCCCAUCCACAUCUUCAUCCUCGUCAAAGCGUUGUCAGCCAACGUGCCUGAGACCACCGCUGUCAUGGCCGCCUACUUCUUCUGCGUGGCUCUGGGUUACACCAACAGCAGCCUCAACCCCAUCCUUUAUGCGUUCCUGGACGAGAACUUUAAGAGGUGCUUCAGAGACUUCUGCUGCCCUGGAGGGCGGGGUCACGGUGACUGUCACGGGGUGAGCAGAGUGAGAAGCACGCUUCGGGAUCACACCUGUGCCACCGAAGGGAGGGGUGACGGGAGACAAGCCAGGCCCGUAUGACUAGCCAUGAACAUGUCCUCCAGGCCGUACCAGAGCUGGGAGGACUCCAUUGAUGUGUGUUUGACUCAAAUCACUACCACGAUCUGAGAAGUAGUAUCGGUAGUGAUUCAUAAAUCCCAUGAAAAGACCAAAACCAAGAAUGAUUUGAUCCCACUUCAUCUCAUUGAUAUAAAAACAUGUUGUCUAAAAUAUUACAGUUCUUUCUUAAGUUGGUUUUAGGAAAGAGACUGAA